GGAAAUACACCUGGGCAAUAAAAUCAAGAUGGCGGAUUGACGAGGUUGUGUCAGGGUUAACUUAAAAUGGCUCUUUUACAGUGGCGACGCUUUAUUUUUUUUGAUAAAGAAUUUUUAAAAGAUCACGAGACCAACCAGCCAUACGAAAGACUCAAGGACAUUAACAUUUCUGCAUGCUCCAGUGGAAGGGGGCAGAUGAUAUUUGGUGAUAACAGUGGAAGUAUCCAUUUUCUAGACCGUGAUCUGCAGCUCAGCUCAUUUAAAGCCUUUGAGAUAAAAGCGUCUCACUUGUACCAGCUGAAACAACAUAAUAUUCUUGUUUCUGUUGGGGAAGAUGAAGUUGGCAUCAAUCCCAUAGUUAGAGUAUGGAAUCUUGACAAGACUGAUAAACUUGGGAACCCUGUGUGCUGUCAAAUGCUGAGAGCAAUUCCUGGAAACAAACCAGUAGCAGUAUCAUGCUUAGCAGUUUUAGAGAACCUUACUCAAAUGGCCAUAGGAUUUGAUGAUGGUAGUGUUGUUGUGUACAGAGGAGAUAUCACACGCGACAGGCACAGCAAACAGAGGAUGAUACAUCAAGACAAGCAUCCAGUAACUGGUUUAUCAUACAGGCAGACCACAGGAAGUACCAUUCUCUUUGUUGUAACAACAGAUACAGUUAUUUCAUACAAUUUAUCUUCUAAAGACUUCAAGGAAGUGCUUGAUACUCAUGGAUGUUCACUACGAUGUUCUGCGUUAAGCGACUUAUCUCAAGAACAGCAAAUCAUUAUUGCAAGAAAUGAGGCUCUUUAUUUUUAUCAAUCUGAUGGGAGAGGACCUUGCCUUGCUUUUGAAGGUGAAAAGCAGAUGAUCACUUGGUUCAGAGGUUAUCUUGUGGUUGUUAGCAAGGAUUCCAAAAUACAAAGACCAGCGCCAGGAUUGAAUUCAGAAAAUAAAGUAGCUAACAUGGUAACUGUUUAUGACAUCCAGAACAAGUUCAUUGCUUUCACAGGCACAGUGACCGAAGUACUUGACGUCCUAUGUGAGUGGGGAAACCUGUACAUUGUUACUACAGACUAUAAGAUUAUUCAAUUACAAGAGAAAGACACACAAACGAAACUUGAAAUUCUUUUCAAGAAAAACCUUUAUGCCAUGGCUAUCAGUCUUGCCAAGAGUCAGCAUUACUCUGAUGGGUUGAUUGAUAUCUUCACUCAAUAUGGUGAUCAUUUGUACAGCAAAGGUGAUCAUGAUGGUUCAAUUCAGCAAUACAUCAAGACUAUUGGGCACCUUGAACCAUCAUACGUUAUACGAAAGUUCCUAGACGCACAAAGAAUUCACAAUCUUACAGCAUAUUUACAGGCUCUGCAUGAACAGGGUCUUGCUAAUGCAGAUCACACCACGUUACUGCUCAACUGCUACACCAAACUCAAAGACGUCACCAAGCUUGAUGAAUUUAUUAUGUCUGAAAAAGAACUCAACUUUGAUGUGGAGACAGCAAUCAAAGUUUGCAAACAAGCUGGCUACUAUAAACAUGCAGUCUAUCUGGCCAACAAAUUUGAUCAACAUGACUGGUAUCUUAAGAUUCAGCUGGAAGAUCUGAAAGACUAUCAAAAAGCAUUGGAAUACAUAGCAAGAUUAGACUUUUAUGAGGCUGAGAGUAACAUGAAGAAUUAUGGUAAAAGCCUUGUAAACAAGGUGCCUGAUGAAGCCACUAAUUUACUCAAGAGGUUGUGUACGGAUUACCGACCCAGUCAGGGUGAUGUCAAGACAGGAUCCAACAAGCCACAGAAAGCACGCCCUGAGGAGUUCAUUCACAUCUUUGUUCACCAGAAAGCAAAACUAAUAGAGUUCUUGGAACACAUGAUACAAGUGCAACCAAUAUCAUCCAGUCUCUUGUAUAACACACUCCUAGAGCUCUAUCUAAACAAUGCAGCACACGAGUCAAAUAUACAGUCUCAGGUUGGUCACGAGAAAAAGGCACUGGACUUACUAACAAACACUGAGGCUGGGUAUGACUUGGACCAUGCUAUGGUGCUUGCCCAAAUGCAUCACUUCAAAGCAGGAAUCCUCUACCUCUAUGAAAAAGCUAAGCUAUACCAGCAAAUACUGCAUUAUCACAUGGAGCAGAAUGAUUAUCAUAAUGUCAUAGAUACUUGCAAGAAAUAUGGUGUUCAAGACCCUGGUCUGUGGGUACAGGCAUUGUCUUAUUUCGCGCGUAAAGAAACCGAUUGCAAGACACAGAUAAUGGAAGUACUAUCACAUAUCGACAAAGGUAACCUGAUGUCUCCUUUAUUGGUUCUUCAAACUCUUGCUCAUAAUUCCACAGCUACUUUAGCCGUUGUCAAGGAAUAUAUUAUACAUCGAUUACAAACGGAGGACGAACUUAUAGCAAAGGAUGAAAGGCUUAUCCGCCAGUACAGCGAAGAAACUGAAAAGAUGAGGACUCAAAUCCAGGAACUAAAGAAAAGUGCUCAAGUGUUUCAGGGUGCCAAGUGCAGUAUGUGUUCUCGACCAUUAGACCUACCAGCCGUCCAUUUUCUUUGCCAGCAUUCUUUUCAUCAGCUGUGCUUUGAAAGCUAUGCAGAUAAUGAUAACGAGUGCCCCAUCUGUGCUCCGGAAAACAAAAAAGUCCUUGAUAUCAUACGAACACAAGAACAAACCAAAGACCUUCACGAGCAGUUCCACAACCAAUUGGAGCGAGCACCUAAUGGUUUCUCAGUCGUUGCUGAUUAUUUUGGACGUGGUGUAUUCAACAAGGUAACCUUGGUAACCACUGGUCAAGGUCGUGGUGCUCCCUUACAGAUUACAGAAAGGGAUCGUGCUCAUUUGUUACAGUGAACGCAAUACUGAAGUGGUGUUGAUAAAUGUAGACAUUUUAAAGAUUAAGUAGUAGUCUUUAUAUUAAAAAAUAAUUCAGGCAACACUCUAAAAAGAAGAUCUCUARCCCUAUUGUUUUAUAGGAACUUUUGUGUUAGUAAAUAAUCCAUGAAUAGUAUACAAUAAGAAGAAAUGCAAAAAGAAAGAGAGAAAAAAAGAAAGGAAAGGAAAGGAAAGAAGGUAGAAAAAAAAGGGAGAAAGAAAAGGGAGAAAGAAAAGGGAGA